GGUGAGCAAAUGAUAUAAUGCUACAUUUCUCCAAAUCUGUUCUAUCUAUAAAAUGUUAAUUUAGUUAAGUUAAUUUUCAGCAAAUUUAGAUUUUUGGGUGAACUAUUCCCUUAAUUGCCAGAUGCAGUAUAUUGUAAAUUGUCAGCAGUACCUUUUUCUAGUUUACUACAUUGAAAGGAGAGAUUUUCCCAGUGUCUUUCUUGUGGUUACUCCAAUGACUGGAGAGCCUAAAAAUCAAAUUUUCAAUGUAUGACUGUUUACAUUUUAUGUAUUUGCUUAGAGCACUAUUUGGAUUACCCUGCAGACAGAUACGGCAUGCGUCGCUUAAUCAGACACUUUUAAAAAUUAAACGCAUGUCAUAGCGAAACUGCUCCGCCUUUUGGAAAAAGGGUUUGUAUUAUUUCUGCUUAUAAGGAAUAAUUCAUAACAUUCCAGAAUUUGAUUCAUGGAUGUUAUAUUUAUUUAAUUGUAGAGUGCUGCGUCAGUUUCUUUUUUUCCCCCGUUUUGUUUUUUAGUCCUUUAAGCUUUUUACAUUGUGCUGAUUGUUAAAUUAUUUAACAUAAGUUAAUUUACCAUGAUUUUUUUGCCAAGAUACCCGGUCCAAUAGGUAUUGUUCUAGAUGUAUGUAGAUUUUUGACCAUAUUAACUGUCCUUGCUUUUAAAGUUUGUCUAGAUUUCCCUUACAGCUGCCAAGGGUACAGAAUAAAUUUGACCAGAGAUCAGUGGAUCUGAAGAUAUGAAAAGCAACCAAGAUGAAGUGAUGACCAAGAGUCUGGACACACGGUUGUGGCUAUUUCUUGAUAUCUUAAUGCUCUGACAUUCAACAGUUGAAUUAUGUCAAAGGAUGAUGGUAGGUUUUAUGUACUUAAACAUCUUUCUCACUAUUACUUAAUGAAGGAUUAUGUGAAUGACUGUUCAUAGACUAUUGCUCACUGCACAUAAGAUAAUUUUGUGUCUGUGAGGCUGUGAGUUUAUGUCUAUGUGCCAGUCUGUGCAUGUACGAUACUUAUGAAAUGAGGUUUAGAGACUGUACAAAAAAGUUUCAGCUAGCUCUGUUUGCACUUAAGGAGGGUUUCCAAAGAAAUGUACUACAUUUUAAAUGCUUUAAAAUGUUAAAUUUCAAUAUAAUGUAUCACUAUAAUUGUCCGUAUCCGAGUUGUAACCAAACUCAUGAUCUCACAAAUUCAGUUAUUGAGAAGUAUAAGAAUUAUUAUUAUUGGAGCACAAUAAGGAUAUUGUUUUAAAAAUAUAUUCUAGGGCAAAUACAUUUUGAUUAAAAAUAGUGCAAAUAUAAACAAUUUAAAUGAGGUUUUACCCAAAGUGUAAGGCAAAAAGAUGAAAAUUGGUCAUGAAAAUAUUGUCUUUGUUAAUAAAUAUAAAGUACAUACUUACUCAAAAUAACCAGUUUAGCAAAUAGUGCACAAUUAUUUUUAGUCUCGUGGUUACUCCGUUGACUGGACAGCCUAAACAUCAGUCCAAAGCCACUUGGAGGCAAAUGUUCUUUGUAAGACUCUUUACAGUUUUUUUUUAUGUAUUUGGCUUAGAGCACUAUUUGGUUUACCCAAGUAAUCCUACUUUGGAAUUACAAGGCUUCUUAAAUAUUAAAAACUGCUCCAUCUACACUUGUUAAAUUAAUAGUGAAGUUCAUCCCCUCAAAAAUAUAGAAAACAAUUUACUGCAGCUUUACAGCUCUCUGCUGUUCUGAAGUAUGUCGUUUAGAUAUGGGCAUGUGAUUCUAAUUAGUGAUUUAAAACUAAAUCAAAUUUUAAUCUUAAUGUUUAUUUAUACUUAAUCAAUGUCCAAAUGUAGAGAGUGAUUCCUAGGUGGAGUAUAAAGUGAAGAUGCACAGUCCAAAACCAAAAAGCAGGAUAUUUAUAUAGUUGGCCACGAGAUAAUAAAGGUUUUUAGAAGAUUGCCAUAUUAUCCAGCUUGUUUGAUGUUUAUUUAUAUAUUGUGAUUAGGCCAAACUGAGCCAUAAGUGUUGAGGAAAUAAGAAAACCGUUCAAAUUUAUAAGACAGACAUAAAUGAAGUGAAUAUUCAUUGCUCUAAAUCAAACAGUGCCUGUCCUUUUUUUUCUUCUUUAAGAGGUGGAGUCUAAGUGUACAAUACUCUUAACUCAUGGAAUAGGCUUGGUAAUAUGUUUUAACAGUUAAAGGAGGUCGCGCAUUGUGCUGUGAAAGGAUAAACUAUUUGUUAAAGCACUUUUUCGAGCUGUCAGAUUAAGCAGACAUGGACACUUACAGGAAACAAGGUGAAGUUUACCUACAACAUCAGAAACAUGGUGAGAAGUGGAAGCGAUAUUGGUUGACCCUUCACCCGGCUAGUCGGCAGGGCAUUGCACGGUUAGAAUUAUCAGAGGCUGUUCAUGAACGGUCAACUGUGGUGGUCAGACGACAUCCGGAGAGGAAAGUUGUCCGUCUGGCCGACUGUGUGAGUGUCGUCAAGCUGCCUCCUCAUGCAGAGGCUUGUCCAGGGGAAAACAUGGCUGCUUUCUGUGUGGAGACAGAGGACAAGAGGCUUGUGUUUGCAGCAGAGAAAGAAAGUUGUGGAGAAUGGAUGGACAUAAUAUGUAACACUGCCUUUCAGAAACACACUAAAAGUGCACCACAGCCAGUGCCUCUUAUGGAAGACAAUCAGAUCUACAUGUCCAGAGAACAACUGUACGAGUUUAAAGUGGUUGUACUGCAGAACGAGGCUUCAGUUCGAUGUGGCCUGAAAGGACAGUACUGGCUACAAGCUGGUGAGAACAUGCUAGUUCUUCAAGAUCUGGAGACCAGAAGGACUGUAAUGGAGUGGCCAUACAAGCUGCUGCGCCGCUAUGGCCGAGAUCAGAUGCUGUUUUCUAUAGAAGCAGGCAGGCGUUGUGAAUCGGGCCCUGGAACCUUUAACUUUGAGACCAGACAGAGUGACGAGAUCCUUCGCCUUAUUGAGCUGGCUAUUCGCCAACAGAAGAGCCUUGCUGUUACUGGAGACAGGCAGUCGCCACAUUCUCCACGUUCUCGUUCUCCUCGCUCACCCCUGCCCAGACGCCCAGAAAGUUUUACUUUGCUUGAUAUGGAGGGCAGCAACAGCCCUCAGCCUUCAGAUGCAAAACUGCCCUUCAACCCCAAUCCAGCAGAUGUCCUUGGCCUAAACAUAUAUGCUGUCCCAAAUCCUGUACAUACAAAACUUGCAAGUCCUAUUGGCUUAACCGAACCUGUUUAUGCAAACCCUGCAGAUUCUAUUAGCUCCUCAAAUAGCACACACUCAGAUCCUGGUGGCGGUAUUAGCUUGAUUGAGCCUGUGUAUUCAAAUCCUGCCGUUUUAAUAGACAGUCAUGAAUCUGUGUAUGCAGAUAUAAAGACAGAUCCUCUCCCGUCUCAUCAUAAGGAUGAAUCAGAACCAGUGUAUUCUGAUCCUGCAGAUGUCAUCCGCCCAAAACCUAACAAUUGUGUCCAAGCUGAUACGAUAGACUGCCAGCCUGUCAAGACGACGCCAAACAAUGACAAGCAGCAAGAACCUGUGUACUCUGAGGUGUACGACCAUGUCAAACUAAUCACAAGUAAAAGACUUGACCUGAAGGCCGAGGAGCCCAUUUAUAGUGUACCUCAGUUUGUACAGUCGACUCAAAACAAUAACUCUCAACAAAACAAAAUGCCUGAGGAGAACCAACCCAUCUACAGCAAAGUUAUCAAACCACCCAAAACCCCUCAGCCUUUCCAUGAAAAGAAGCUAAGCCAAACACAGGUGGUCUCUGAGGACCUUGGAAUGAUUUAAUUAAAUCCGUAAUAUGUGAUCAUGGACCACAAAACCAGUCAUAAGGGUCAACUUUUUUAUACACUAAUCAUGUAUACACCUAAAAGCUGAAUAAAUAAGCUUUCCAUUGAUGUAUGGUUUGUUAGGACAAUAUUUGUCCCAGAUACAACUAUUUGAAAAUCUGGAAUCUGAGGGUGCAAAAUAUUGAGAAAAUCGCCUUUGAAGUUUUUAGAUAUUUACGGUAGGAAAUUGACAAAAUAUCUUCCUGGAACAUGAUCUUUACUUAAUAUCCUAAUGAUUUUUGGUAUAAAAGAAAAAUCGAUCAUUUUGACCCAGUAUUGUUGACUAUUGCUACAAAAUAUACCCAUGCUACUUAUGACUGGUUUUGUGUUCCAGGGUCAAAUAUAAAGUCUUCACAAGUAGCUUUUAAUGUUUGAAAUGUUUUAUUUUCCCCCACUAAUUUCAUUAUUUAUUAAUCCAUUCUACAAGAUGUUGUGGAAUGAUGACUGAUCUGUGUAACACUGAUGCUCAUUAUGUAACAUGUAUUUAAAAAAUGUACAUUUAAAUUUAUUUUGUUUUACAAGCCCAAAUAUGUUACAUGUAUUAUUUUUGUAUUUUCUUGGUGUACCAUAGCACAAUUAAAUUGUGUUAUGAGAUUUCUGCAUCUUUCAUAGAAA